UAUAAACUUGAGGGCAGACAUCAGUUACAAGUAAUCAGACCAAACAAGAUGUUGCACCUUCUUUGGUUUCUCCACCAUCAUCUAUCAUGGCCGCGUCUAGAUCAUCUCCAUCCCUUGGCCAAAAAACAUCAAGACGUGUUGCUUCGUUAGCUGAAGAUAUACAAAAUGCUCACAGAGAACCAACAAAGAUCUCAAGUUCGAACUGUGACAAAUGGGCAGGAAAUUUCAGUCACAUGCUCGAGCUUCGAAGGAAGAUUAUAACAUUUCGAGGCAUCAUUGACCUUCCUCAUCUCACCGGUUAUCUUUCCGUAACAAAUAUGGUGAUGCGCACGAUGAAGGAUCUCCAUAGGCUUUGUCCUGAGAUUGUUGAAAGCUCGUGUCUCUUGGAUAUAAAACAUGUAGAUACGGAUAAGUUGCUUGACCAAUUUUACAACACUUUGAAAUCAAUUGGAGAUUCAUGGAUUGAUGACAAGGAAUGGAUCAUCAAAUCCAAGUACCGGAACAAUAUUAACAUUAGGAAGAAUCUCUCUGAUGGACUUGUGGGAAACGUUUUAGCUGCAUUAGAUGGACUGAUUACUGAGAGCAGCGAGAUGCUCAACAUGACUGAGAUCAACAAUGAGGAAAAGAAGCAAAAGAUUACUACUCCUCCUCAGAGUAAAACACCUAGCAAGCGAACCUUAUCACCAUCAAAAACAGUCAUGAAGCAACCGAUCACAUCAAAAACAGUGCUGCAUCCACCAAGAGACAUUGAAUUCUCUGUUUCAAACCUUCCAAGAAAUGUGAGGAUGCAGGCGGUUGUAAUACUGAGUCCCGUUGAGGUGAGGAGAUUCACUAUCCAACAAAAUAUGUGGAAGAAAGAAGCUCAGAACAAUGAUGUUAAGGAGAAGCAGAGGAGUGAAACAGAGAGAAUUCAGAAAAUGGAGAAAGCAAAUGAAGCAAUUGAUGAGGACAAAGAUAGUGCUAAGAGUCAGACUGAUGAUAAAAGCUACUCAAAACGUUCAGAGAAAUCUGAAAAGGUUCUUGAACCUUUGGCCCCAACUCCUCCACAUCCAGAGAGUGCUGCAAAAGGACCAGCUGCGCUACCUCUACCUCUACGUCCUGAAGAUGCAUCACUACUGCCACCACAGCCAUUUCCAGUAACUGCUGCAAAAGUACCAGCUGCACUUCCUCCACCUCCAGGGGUUGCAGCACUACUGCCACCACAGCCACAUCCAAUGGCGCCAGGAAAAGGACCAGGGGGCCCGCCACCACCACCGCCACUUUGCUUGGGAGCCAAGAAAGCAACUAGUAAACUGAAGAGAUCAACCAAACUAGGCGAAAUGUACAGAUUCCUCAAGGCGAAAAUCGAAGGGAAGGAUCCAAAACCAAGAUCACGUGGAGUGGGAGGAGGAAGCAAAGGCGUUGAUGGAAAGCAAGGAAUGGCUGAUGCUCUUGCUGAGAUAACAAAGAAGUCACCUUACUUUCAGAAAAUAGAAGAGGAUGUGCAAAUGUAUAUGAAAGCAAUCAAUGAGCUCAAAACAGAGAUCUCCACUUUCAAGAGUAAGGACAUGACUGAGCUUCAGAGAUUCCACAGGUAUAUAGAAUCAGUGCUUGAGAAACUAACAGAUGAAAGACGGGUGCUAGCGAGAUGUGAAGGGUUCCCUGAGGAUAAACUCGAUACUAUAAGAAUGGCUUCUGCGUUGCACUCAAAGCUGCAAGGUAUGAUCGACGAGCUCAAGAACUGGAAGAUUGAGUCUCCUGCGAACCUACUCUUUGACAAGACUGAACGUUUCUUUGCAAAGAUCAGAAGAGAGAUUGAAACUCUAGACCAGAUUAAAGCAGAAGAGGAAAAGAAGCUCAAGAGACAUAAUAUUCAUUUUGACUUCAGUGUCCUUACACGGAUCAAGGAAUCAAUGGUUGAUAUCUCGUCAGGUUGCAUUGAACUUGCGUUAAAGGAAAAAAGAGAAGCAAAGAGUGCAUCGCAUACUGCAGAAUCAAGCAAGUCAAAGCGGAGCAUGAUCAAGAAUAAGACUGUAGGAUUGGCUAAAACGUUGUGGAGAGCAUUUAAUUUUGCAUACAGAGUUUAUACAUUUGCUGGUGGACAUGAUGACCGAGCUGAUAAGCUUACCAGAGAACUGGGUAGUGAGAUUGAAUUAGUCCUCAAAAACCAAUAA